CAAAGAGAAUGUGCAGACCCAACAUUCAGCUAUGAAGACCUUCCAUCCUCUACUUCUAUGUCAUUUUAUCACACUGCUGACUUUUUCAGGUGAGAUGCACGGGGCACAUCGGCAGUGCUAAAACCAACCAGCCUGUUCAAUGAGGCCAGUUGUUUAUUUGACCCAACAUUGUCUCAAAAUGGUGGGAAUAUUACCUUGUUUUGUCCUACCGUGCUGUUCUAGAAUUAGAAUCCCAUUUCUUUGGAAAUAUCAGAAAUGUGGUGCCUUCAUGGAAGGGGAAAGGCUCAGCAAUAUCGAGGAUUCCUUCUUAUUUGAGCACUCCCAACUUCAGGCAAUAGUGCAGCUGAGUGAAAUUGGGAAGGAUGCAAACCAAGUUGUUUAUAUGUCGAAUAUGUUGCUAUGGCAAAAACCUAUUCAUUGCUAUUAAAAAAACAACAACUAUUGUAAUAAAUUGCCAGGUAACAUUCUUUAAUUUUAUGUUCAACAAUAGUUAUGAUUUACUGGGGGAUUUCUGGGUAAGGUGCAGAAGGAGGAAGACAUUUCUUGCAGAAAGACAUUGCAUCUUUCUUAAAGAAAUAAAUAAGAAAACUUUUGAAGUUGCAGGUAAGGUCACUCUCACAGAUUUUCUUCAUCAAAGAUAUGGACAAACAUCAUGCAAUUGAGGGAAGUUUGAGGGUGAGGUUCAAAGAUCCUUCCCCUUUAGUUAGCCCAGCCUUUGGCCUGGACCUUCCAAUUCCCCCUCUGUAUUAUCUGUCUCCGAUCCUCACACAAAAGAAUGGAAUGGGGUUCAGUUAGAUUGCAGCUGACGUAACAGGGAGGCAUAGAAACAUAGAGGAGCAAUGAACUCCUCCAAAUGUCCAAGUCUCUGUUUUUCUUCCACGCUUCCAUGAAGUGUGGCUAUCCUUGAACCUGCUAGCAGAGUGCUGACUUGAGGAUUUUGUUCUUUAGAAAAGCAGAGUAGCAGAUGAUUUUUUUCAAUUUAAAAAGGAAGAAAUCGACAAAAGCUUCAUUAAUUUAUUUAAAUGAAAACCCUCUCUGUGUUCUGCUUAAAGUAAAAAAAAUCCCCCAAAGUCUUUAGCUCUCUGAAGGCAACCUGCGGGAUAGCCACAUUUCUUCUGAUUUCCUAUUGCUUCCUGACGUGUCCUCUAUAAAUAAACACACACUGGUAAGUUAAGAAGCUGGUGUGUGUGAAGCUGGUGUGUGUGGGGUGUGUCUGUGUGUACACACAAAGAAGGCUGCACACCACACAACCACAUCUAAAUCAUUUUAAGGUAAGAGCAAACUAUACUCCCUCACUGCAGUGCUUUGAAGUUGUGACAUCAGAAUCUUAUUGAUUGAUUGAUUCAAUUUAUCUAGUGCCCUUUAUCCAAUGAUCCCAUGGUGGUUUUCCUCAAGGGAUUUAUUCUUGUCCAUCCCAUAAUUGGGGAUGGGGGCAUGGGAUGGUUUGGGACAGUGGACACAAUUUCAAAUUUUCGUCAUAACUCUAAGUCCCAUGCUUUUUAUGUGCUACAAGAAGGAUUAAUGUUACCAUUUUUAAAAAAAUUAUACCCUGCACUUUCCUCCAAAGGAGCAGAGGGUGGUAAAUGUGGAGGUUUUCUUCCUAUAGCAUAUAGGGGGUCCUGUGAAGGAAAACGAGAAACUGAAUGAGUGGCUUCUAAAAGCCCUUGAAUAUGACGAAGAAUGUUCCCUGAGUUGUGUGUUUGUUUUUUUUAAUGGCAGCUUAAUGUGACUAUCUUAAAGUGAAUGCAUAGAAUUGCUGACAAACUCCCUUCCUCUGUUUUGCUAAAGUUUCCGGAGGAUUUGCAAAUGCUGUCGUCAAGAAACUUUGGGCACGAUGCAAGCCAGAAUGUGAUGAAGAUGUUUCUGCAGCAAGAGACUGUUCUAUUCCUUGCUUUGUCUUCUGCUGUGAACGGCCAGGUAAUAUCACCUUGCUUUUAAUGUGCCAGAACAAGAAGGAGGCACUGGGGUAUUUUUGGGCAAAGCACGCGGUAAAUGGUUAGGUGUGGUUUAUAAAUGCUGUCUUUGCCUGGUUCCUGAAGUUCCUUGCUUCCUAAUGAAUUGUGGGGUAGCCAGGAAUUAAUGUGAAGCCCAAUGAGUGACAGAAUGACGGGCCUUUAACAGCCCUUGUGUUACGAUAUGGAUGCAAUGCAGCUGCAGAUUGCUAGCUUGAAAACAUCACAUGAUGGAAUGUUGGGACUGUUCCGUGGGAAACAGAGGGACAGUCAAUUCACAGUGCGAAGCACCGGAAUUAGCUCAGAGUGUAAUAUGAGCUCUUCCUUUUGUUCCUGUACAGGAAGUACAGGAAGUGUUAGUCUCUCGACUGCUGGAGCUUGAUGAGAGCAGUCAUGUUUUUUGUAACGCUGUAAAAGACAGAAAUAAAGGCAUGUAAAUAUGUUUCUGUCUAUCUCUUUCCCCUGCCGGGGGGGGGCAAGAAAGAGGGGGGGUGUUCUUCUCACGCUGAGAAGAAUCGCCUAUAGCGACCUUGCCUGCGUUUGCUGGGGAAUGCAGCCAGGGAGGUCAUCGGAACUCAAGCCGGGUGCCUGGGAGGGUUGCCAGCUUCUCCCGAUAGAGGCUUGAAUUCCAACACCUUGUACUUGUGGGAUGGAGAAAUUCAUAGAUUUGAUUCAUAAAGCAACAGGCAAACAGAACUGUUGGUUUAUAGAUGGCAAUCUUUUGUAAACUUUGUAGCUGAGUUUAGGGUAUUUAGAAAUUGAAUUGAUAGAGAUUGAACUCUAAUAAUAAUAAUAAUAAUAAUAAUAAUAAUAAUAAUAAUUCCUGCAUUCAUAGGAAGUGCUCAGAGAUGUUGAUCUCUUCUCUGUUUUCAUACAGCGCACCAACAAUUUCUCCCCUUCAUAGCAGAUAAAUGUUUGGGUAGAUGCAGGUCAAGGUGUUCCAGUGGUGAAAAUGUGCCUUCAAGAAGACCCUGCUCUACUCCUGGUUGCUGCGAGAAGCCAGGUAAUAUUCAAAUGCCUUUUGCCUGCUAGAACAAUGAUGUAUUGGGGAAUUUUGAGUAAGGCGUGCAGAGGCUGGGUACAGAUAAGUUAUUUACUAUGUCUAUAAGUGCAUUUCAAAGUCCAUUGUGAGGUAGACAGGAAUUAUUGUGAAGCCCAAUGAGGAAUUGAAUGAGUAGCUUUCAGAAGCCCUUGAGCUUCUAUAGAUGCACAAGCUUGUGGAUCCUGGUUUAUCAUGUCAAACAGCUUUAUGGAGCUUUCCCCUGGAAAUACAUUUAUGGUACUCAAAGACGGAAUUCUUUUCAGUGUUUUCUAUGUUUAUUGAGAAUGCUGAGAGAUAUUGAUGUCCUCUUCUCCUUUGUUUUGACCAUGUCCCAAGGCUUGGUCCACACUGCAGGCAAGAAAUGUCGGGGUCAGUGCAAGUCAAGAUGUUCCAGUGGUGAAUAUAUAUCUUCAACAAGAGUCUGUCCUGUCCUUGGCUAUGUCUUCUGCUGUAAACGGACAGGUAAUGUUCUCAUGCUUUUAAUGUGCUAGAGAAGCAAUGAUGUACUGGGGAAUUUCUGGGUAAGGGACGUGUGGGGGUGCAAAUGAGGGUUAUUUUGAAAUUCCAUGGUUUCUAAUGAAUUGCAUGGUAGACAGGAAUUACUCUGAAGCCAAAUAUGUGAUUGAAUGAGUGGCUUUUUAACAGCCUUUCGAUUUUCAGGGAUGCUUCUCAGGUAGCUCAGUUGGUUAGGGCAUGGUGGUGAUAACGCCAAGUUCGCAGGUUUGAUUCCCAUAUGGGACACCUGACUGUUCCUGCACUGCAGGGAGUUGGACUGGAUGAUCCGCAGGGUCCUUUCCAACUCUUCAGUUCUAUGAUUUGGAAAUGUUCGUUUAAAGAAAAAGUGAGUAAGAGGCAACUUUGCAAAAUUAUGUAUGACAUGGAGAAAGUGGAUGAAGGAAAAUUGUUCUCCCUCUCUUGUAACACUUAUGGGCAUCCUCUACUGAUGGAGACUUCUAAAUGCCAGUUGCUGGGAACUCCAGGAGGGGAGAGGGUUCUUGUGCUUGAAUCCUGCUUUCUGGUUUCCCAUAGGCAUCUGGUUGGCCACUGUGAGAACAGAUUGGUGGCCUAGAUGAGCAAUUGGCUUGAUCCAACAGUAUCUUCUCAUUUGCAAGGCAGGCACAGGGGUGUGCUAGUGGCUGUGCCAUCUGUCAUGGAUGCUUUAGUUGAGAUUCCAGCAUUGCAGGGGUUUCGACUAGACGAUCCCCAGGGUCCCUUCCAACACUAAGAUUCUAUGAUUCUAUAAGGAGAGGACAAUAACGUGAAGAACCAUUGUGCAAAUGGAAGUAAAAUUUAUACAAACCAUGGGAUUUAGAGGUUGACUUUUUAAAUAAAAUAUAUAUUUUCUAUGUAUAUGGGGAUAUAUUGACUGCUUCUCUCUCCGGCUGAAAUGUCCCGAGGAUUGGUCCACAGUGUAGCCAAGAAAUGUUGGGGUCAAUGCAGGCCAAGAUGUUCCUAUGGUGAAUAUAUAUCCUCAGCGAAAGUCUCCACUGUCUUUGGCUAUGUCUUUUGCUGCAAACGGGCAAGUAAUGUUCCCAUGCUUUUAAUGUGCUGGAGGAACAAUGAUUCAAGUGGGGAUUUCUGGGUCAGGAUCCCAGAGGGUGGGUAGAUGUUGGUCCCAUGAAGAACAGUUGGGAGAUGGAGCAAGUGUCCUUGAAAAGCUCUUGAUACAGAAACUCGUGGUUUUGGUUCACCAAAGAAAUGGGCUUUGUUUUCAUGUGUGAGUGGGAUGGGUGGAUGUUUUGGAUCAGGUUAGCCAUAUUGAUUUGUAUGCUGUUGGUAGAAUUUUGUCAUUGUCUUGUUGGGCUGUGUAUGUGAUAAAGGGGAGCCAUACCAGGGUGAAAGUGUCUUCUUCUAUUUGUCCCCGUGUCAGUCUCAGCAAAUGAAACUGACUUGUAAAAAUGUUACAUGGGGGAAAAUAUACAAGAGAGAGACAUUGCACAAACUUUUGUAAAUCAAGAAAAUCUUUAAUAAUAAAAAAAACCCAAAGAAAUGGGCAAAAGUGGGCUCUCUAGAACUUUUCGGAACUUUUCUGAAUUGCACGUAUCAUGUUGAGAGUUACACACACACACACUCUUAAUGGAAAAUGCUUUGAUACGUUGCUGACCUCUUUUUCUCUGCUCAGGUAAAAUGCCCCAUGAAUUGACCAUGAAAUGUUUGGGUAGAUGCAAGCCAAAAUGUUCCCAUGGGGAAUAUGUGUUGUCCGCUGGUUUCUGCUCUGUUCCUGGCUUCUUCCUUUGCUGUAGAAAGCCAGGUAAUGGCUGCCUUCAUGUCACCUUUGCAGACAUCUUUGUAACGCAGACUUGGUCUGCUAAUGGGCCUGAUACCAGAAGCCAGCUGCCCAUAGAGCACCUCCUUGGGGAUCCUGCUAUCUUCCAUUCUGUGGGCGUGACCAAGCCAGCAUAGAUGUUGAUGAGACAGGAGCACAAACAUGCUAGGAAUGUGGCUUGGGAAAGCGCAUCUUUGUUUGAGACUCUCCCCUGUUGUGAGGUAACCCAAAUCUUCCUGACGCAGCACAUGUGGAAGGUGUGUUGUCACUCCUGGCGGUUGUAGAAUCAUAGAAUCAUAGAGUUGGAAGAGACCACAACGGCCAUCGAGUCCAACCCCCUGCCAAGCAGGAAACACCAUCAGAGCACUCCUGACAUAUGGUUGUCAAGCCUCUGCUUAAAGACCUCCAAAGAAGGAGACUCCACCACACUCUUUGGCAGCAAAUUCCACUGUCGAACAGCUCUUACUGUCAGGAAGUUCUUCCUAAUGUUUAGGUGGAAUCUUCUUUCUUGUAGUUUGGAUCCAUUGCUCCGUGUCCGCUUCUCUGGAGCAGCAGAAAACAACCUUUCUCCCUCCUCUAUGUGACAUCCUUUUAUAUAUUUGAACAUGGCUAUCAUAUCUCCCCUUAACCUCCUCUUCUCCAGGCUAAACAUGCCCACCUCCCUUAGCUGUUUCUCAUAAGGCAUCGUUUCCAGGCCUUUGACCAUUUUGGUUGCCCUCCUCUGGACACCUCCAGUUUGUCAGUGUCCUUCUUGAACUGUGGUGCCCAGAACUGGACACAGUACUCCAGAUGAGGUCUGACCAGAGCAGAAUACAGUGGCACUAUUACUUCCCUUGAUCUAGAUGCUAUACUCCUAUUGAUGAAGCCCAGAAUUGCAUUGGCUUUUUAGCUGCCGCGUCACACUGUUGGCUCAUGUCAAGUUUGUGGUCAACCAAGACUCCUAGAUCCUUUUCACAUGUACUGCUCUCAAGCCAGGUGUCCCCAUCUUGUAUUUGUGCCUCUCAUUUUUUUGCCCAAGUGCAAUACUUUACAUUUCUCCCUGUUAAAAUUCAUCUUGUUUGUUUUGGCCCAGUUCUCUAAUCUGUCAAGGUCGUUUUGAAGUGUGAUCCUGUCCUUUGGGGUGUUAGCCACCCCUCCCAGUUUGGUGUCAUCUGCAAAUUUGAUCAGGAUGCCCUUGAGUCCAUCAUCCAAGUCAUUGAUAAAGAUGUUGAAUAAGACCGGGCCCAAGACAGAACCCUGUGGCACCCCACUAGUCACUCUUCUCCAGGAUGAAGAGGAACCAUUGAUGAGCACCCUUUGGGUUUGGUCAGUCAGCCAGUUACAAAUCCACUGAGUGGUAGCAUAGUCAAGACCGCAUUUUAGCAGCUUCUUUACAAGAAUAUCAUGGGGCACCUUGUCAAAUGCCUUGCUGAAAUCAAGGUAGGCUACAUCCACUGCAUUCCCUUCAUCUACCAGGCUUGUAAUUCUGUCAAAAACGAGAUCAGGUUAGUCUGACAUGACUUAUUUUUCAGAAAUCCAUGCUGACUAUUGGUGAUCACAGCAUUCCUUUCUAGGUGCUCACAGACUGUUUGCUUAAUGAUCUGCUCCAGAAUCUUCCCUGGUAUUGAUGUCAGACUGACUGGGCGGUAAUUGUUUGGGUCCUCUCUAUUCCCCUUUUUGAAAAUAGGGACAACAUUUGCCCUCCUCCAGUCUGCCGGGACUUCACCUGUUCUCCAGGAAUUCUCAAAGAUGACUGUAAGAGAGGAGUUAUUUACUUUGCUUGAAAGUGAAUUUCAAAGCCGUCAUUUCCUAAUGAACUGUGAGAUGGACAGGAAUUACUGAGAAGCCCAAUGAGAGAUUGAAUGAGUAGCUUUUAGAAGCCCUUGAGUUCCAAUGGAUGGAGAUACACAUGGAUCAUCAAGGCAAACAGUCCUCUGGUUCUUCUCUCUGGAACUAUAUUAAUGGUGUUCAGAGACAUACUUCUUUUCAAUAUUUAAAACACUUCUGAUAUUUCCAAAUGCUUGGAGAUGCUGAUGAUCUAUUAUCUGUUUCAGUAAUGUCACAAGGAUUGAUUUCUGCUGCAUCUCUGAAUCUUCGGGGUAGAUGCAAGUCAAGAUGUUCGUAUGGCGAAUUUGUGUCUCCAGCAGUAGUGUGCCCUAUUCCUGGCAACCUAUUCUGCUGCAAAUGGCCAGGUAAAAUGCUUUUAAUGCAAUAGAGCAACAGUGAUGUACAAGGGGAUUAUUGAGAAAGGGACAUAAUGUGAGUUCAGAUGAGAGUUAAAAAAUGGGACAAUGUCACUGGAUAAAAACUAUGGCAUUUAGCUAUUGAACCAUUUUUUCUAUGUAUAAGGGAAGAUGUUAAUGGUUCCUUUUCUCCUUUGCUGAAGUGUCCCAAGGAUUGGUUCACAGUGUAGGCAAGAAAUGUCAAUGCAAGUUAACAUGUGGCAGCAGUGAAUAUGCAUCUUCAGCAAGAGCCUGUUCUAAUCCAGACUUUGUCUUCUGCUGCAAAAAGCGAGGUAAUAUUCUCAUAUUUUUAUUGUGCUGGAGCAACAAUGAUGCAUGUGUGGGAUUUCUGGGUCACGAUCUCAGUGGGUGGGUAGAUAUUGGCCCUGUGUAGGGCAAUGGGAAAUGGAACAAGUAUUUUUGAAAAAGCUCUUGAAUUUGCAGGGAUAUAAAAACUCAUGGCUUUGAUGUAUCAAAGAACCAGAGGGAAAGGAACUCUUUGGCAAUUUUUGGAAAUGGAAACCUCACAAAUCUUUCUUUGAACUGUUGAUAGAUUGAAUUCUCCCUACAUUAUUAUUAUUAUUAUAUGCUCUGAUAUGUUGAUGAUCUCUUGUUCUCUGUCAAGACAAAGAGUCUAAACAAUUGACAAAUGCUGCAGCUCAGAAAUGUGUGGGUAGAUGCAAGGCAAGAUGUUCCAAGGGUGAAAAGGUGUCUUCAACAUGUUCCUGCUCUAUUCCUGGCUUCGUCUUUUGCUGUAACAAUCCAGGUAAUAUCCCAAAAAUUUCUUUGUGCUAGAACAACUAUAAUAUAUUCAGGGUUUUCUGGGUAAGUCACACAACACGUGGGUAGAUGGGAAUUAUUUACAUUGUCUUCUCAAGAAUUGCAGUAUAUUUUGCUUUCUAAUUAAUCAACAGGAAUUAAAGUGAAGCCGAUUGAGUGAUUGAAUGAGAGGCUUAUAAUGGUCCUUGGAUUUGCUGGGAUAGACAAACUCAUAGAUUCCUGUUCAUCAAAGAAAUAGGCAGAGCUGUCCGUUUAUUUUCAUAAAUGGGCAGCCUUUUCUAACUUCAAAGAAAUGGACUUAUGGGGUUGUAUCCAACAAACUCAUCCCACUUGUGCAAGAACUUCUGUUUGUAAGCAGUUUGUGGAUGGCACAAGGUGAUAUAGGAAAAAGACAACGAGAGAUGUUCCAUUCCUCAGGUUGAAGUCAUUGUUACAAUGUGAAUGAAUUCAUUGGAUACAAACCAUGGUAUUUAGAAAUUAAACCGCUUUUUAAAAAUAUAUAUUUUCUAUGUGCAUGGGAAGAUAUUGAUGGUAUCUUCUCUGUUUUUCCAAAGUGUCUCACGGAUUGGUCCGCCCUGAAGGCAAGAAAUGUCAUGGUCAAUGCAAGUUAACAUGUGGCAACAAUGAAUAUGCAUCUUCGACAGGAGCCUGCUCUAAUCCUGACUUUGUCUUCUGUUGUAAAAAGCAAGGUAAUGUUCCCAUGCUUUUAAUGUGGUGGAGGAACAAUGAUGAGAGGGGGGGAUUUCUAUUACAGUAGACUAGUUCAAGAUGUAAGAGCAUCUUUUAAAGUUUACGUGGCUAGCAUGUUUAUGCUUGUCUUGUAAGGUAACCCCUGACUAUUAGGUCUAGUCGUCCUCCGACUCUGGGGUUGUGGUGCUCAUCUCGCUUUAUUGACUGAGGGAGCCGGCAUUUGUCUGCAAACAGUCAUGUGGCCAGCAUGACUAAGCUGCUUCUGGCAAACCAGAGCAGCACACGGAAAUGCCGUUUACCUUCCCACCGGAGCGGUACCUAUUUAUCUACUUGCACUUUGACGUGCUUUAGAACUGCUAGGUUGGCAGGAGCAGGGACCGAGCAACGGGAGCUCACCCCGUCGCGGGGGUUCAAACCACCGACCUUCUGAUUGGCAAGUCCUAGGCUCUGUGGUUUAACCCACAGCGCCACCCGCAUCCCUUGCUUGUCUUGUACCAUGAGACAAUAAGCACUUUCUAGUCUAAACUGUAGUGAGUGAUGGUGGGCCCAAGUUUCACAGGAUAAGGACUACCUUACUGCCAGAAAAUCAUGGCAUCUCUGAAUCCUUUGGAACAGAUUUAGUGGUGCUGGCAGAGAGAGCAGAGGAAAGAAAACCUCCAUUUCACAUGUGUAUGUUUUUGUGAAAAUGGUAUGGUGCCACUGGGAAUUGACCAAUAGUAUUUAGACAUCAAACUCUUCAUUCUCCCUCCCUCAUUAUAUGGAAAUAUGUGGAUGGUAUCUUCUCUGUUUUUCUAAAGUAUCUCAAGGAAUGGUCCACCCUGAAGGCAAGAAAUGUCAUGGUCAAUGCAAGUUAGCAUGUGGCCACAGUGAAUAUGCAUCUUCAACAAGAGUCUGCUCUAAUCCCGACUUUGUCUUCUGUUGUAAAAAACAAGGUAAUAUUCCCAUGCUUUUAAUGUGGUGGAGGAACAGUGAUGAGAGGGGGCAUUUCUGGGUCAGGAUUCCAGCGGGUGGGUACAUGCUGGUCUUGUGAAAAACUGUGGGAGAUGGCACCCGUGUCUUAGAAAAACUGUUGAAUUUCCUGGGAUAUAGAAACUCAUGGUUUUAGUUCAUCAAAUAACUACUCAAACUUUGGUUUUGGAAAUAACAGCCUCAUAUUACUUUUUCUUGCAGUAGACUUGUUUUGAGAGAUUAAAUUUGCUUUGUAUUUCCUCCAACUGCUUAUGGCAGGAGUGUGAGGCAUUCAUGGAAAAGAGUUUUUGCUCAAUGCAACGUAUCAGCAGAGAAACUGAAGGUCCCGUGUUGCAUGGUUCAGUAUAGCAUGGCGAGCUAGCAUGGCAAGAUGCUUGUGCAUCUCUCUGUAUACUUGUAUCUCGCAAGGUUUACUUCAAAGCCCAGAACUGUAUUACAGUAGACUAGUUCAAGAUGUAAGAGCAUCUUUUAAAGUUUACGUGGCUAGCAUGUUUAUGCUUGUCUUGUAAGGUAAAGGUAAAGGGACCCCUGACUAUUAGGUCUAGUCGUCCUCCGACUCUGGGGUUGCGGCACUCAUCUCGCUUUAUUGGCCGAGGGAGCCGGCGUUUGUCCGCAAAAUAGCUUCCGGAUCAUGUGGCCAGCAUGACUAAGCUGCUUCUGGCAAACCAGAGCAGCACACGGAAAUGCCGUUUACCUUCCCACCGGAGCGGUACCUAUUUAUCUACUUGCACUUUGACGUGCUUUUGAACUGCUAGGUUGGCAGGAGCAGGGACCGAGCAACGAGAGCUCACCCCGUUGCGGGGGUUCGAACCACCGACCUUCUGAUUGGCAAGUCCUAGGCUCUGUGGUUUAACCCACAGCGCCACCCAUGUCCCUUGCUUGUCUUGUACCAUGAGACAAUAAGCACUUUCUAGUCUAAACUGUAGUGAGUGAUGGUGGGCCCAAGUUUCACAGGAUAAGGACUACCUGACUGCUAAAAAAUCAUGGCAUCUCUGAAUCCUUUGGAACAGAUUUAGUGGUGCUUGCAGAGAGAGCAGAGGAAAGAAAACCUCCAUUUCACAUGUGUAUGUUUUUGUGAAAAUGGUAUGGUGCCACUGGGAAUUGACCAAUAGCAUUUAGACAUCAAACUCUUCAUUCUCCCUCCCUCAUUAUAUGGAAAUAUGUGGAUGGUAUCUUCUCUGUUUUUCUAAAGUAUCUCAAGGAAUGGUCCACCCUGAAGGCAAGAAAUGUCAUGGUCAAUGCAAGUUAGCAUGUGGCCACAGUGAAUAUGCAUCUUCAACAAGAGUCUGCUCUAAUCCCGACUUUGUCUUCUGUUGUAAAAAACAAGGUAAUAUUCCCAUGCUUUUAAUGUGGUGGAGGAACAGUGAUGAGAGGGGGCAUUUCUGGGUCAGGAUUCCAGCGGGUGGGUACAUGCUGGUCUUGUGAAAAACAGUGGGAGAUGGAACCCAUGUCUUAGAAAAGCUGUUGAAUUUCCUGGGAUAUAGAAACUCAUGGUUUUAGUUCAUCAAAUAACUACUCAAACUUUGGUUUUGGAAAUAACAGCCUCAUAUUACUUUUUCUUGCAGUAGACUUGUUUUGAGAGAUUAAAUUUGCUUUGUAUUUCCUCCAACUGCUUAUGGCAGGAGUGUGAGGCAUUCAUGGAAAAGAGUUUUUGCUCAAUGCAACGUAUCAGCAGAGAAACUGAAGGUCCCGUGUUGCAUGGUUCAGUAUAGCAUGGCGAGCUAGCAUGGCAAGAUGCUUGUGCAUCUCUCUGUAUACUUGUAUCUCACAAGGUUUACUUCAAAGCCCAGAACUGUAUUACAGUAGACUAGUUCAAGAUGUAAGAGCAUCUUUUAAAAUUUACGUGGCUAGCAUGUUUAUGCUUGUCUUGUAAGGUAAAGGUAAAGGGACCCCUGACUAUUAGGUCUAGUCGUCCUCCGACUCUGGGGUUUUGGUGCUCAUCUCGCUUUAUUGACCGAGGGAGCCGGCGUUUGUCCGCAAACAGCUUCCGGGUCAUGUGGCCAGCAUGACUAAGCUGCUUCUGGCAAACCAGAGCAGCACAUGGAAAUGCCGUUUACCUUCCCACCGGAGCGGUACCUAUUUAUCUACUUGCACUUUGACUACCUGCUAGGUUGGCAGGAGCAGGCAGGAGCAGAGACCGAGCAACGGGAGCUCACCCCGUUGCGGGGGUUCGAACCACCGACCUUCUGAUUGGCAAGUCCUAGGCUCUGUGGUUUAACCCACAGCACCACCCAUGUCCCUUGCUUGUCUUGUACCAUGAGACAAUAAGCACUUUCUAGUCUAAACUGUAGUGAGUGAUGGUGGGCCCAAGUUUCACAGGAUAAGGACUACCUGACUGCUAAAAAAUCAUGGCAUCUCUGAAUCCUUUGGAACAGAUUUAGUGGUGCUUGCAGAGAGAGCAGAGGAAAGAAAACCUCCAUUUCACAUGUGGAUGUUUUUGUGAAAAUGGUGCCACAGGGAAUAGACUCAUAGUAUUUAGACAUCAAAUGGGACAUGGGUGGCGCUGUGGGUUAAACCACAGAGCCUAGGACUUGCCAAUCAGAAGGUCGGCGGUUCAAAUCCCCACAACAGGGUAAAAAACAAGGUAAUAUUCCCAUGCUUUUAAUGUCCUGGAGGAACUAUGAUGAAUGGAGGGAUUUCUUGGUCAGGAUUCCAGCGGGUGGGUACAUGCUGGUCUUGUAAAAAACAGUGGGAGAUGGAACAAGUUGAAAAGAUCUUGUAUUUGCAAGGAUGUAUAAAAUCAUGGUUUGGAUUCAUCAAAUAAAUGGGGAUAUGGCCCCAUUGUUAUUCGCAGAAAUAGAAACCUUAUGACUUUGAGACGUUGAUGAUCUCUUGAUCACUGUUUAUGUAAAGUCUCCCGACGACUGAACAAAAAAAUGUUUGGGUACAUGCAAGUCAAGUUGUUCCCAUGGUCAAUAUUUGUCAUCCAGAAGAUCUUGCUCUGCUCCCGGCUUUGUCCUUUGCUGCCAAAAGCCAGAUAACAUCACAACACUUUCUUUGUGCUAGAAGAACUAUGAUAUGCAUAUAUUGUUCCUAAAGCAUCUCAGAAACAUGGUGUCACCACUGAAGAGACCUGUUCUUGUGUUGCCAGCUUCCAGACCUCAUGCGCAAGAGGCACACAAUGACAGGUCUCAGAUUAUGAUCAAAGGGUCCAGGUUGGUUCAUAUGGGAAGAGGCAGUCCUUGAGGUAUUGUGAUCCUGAGCCGUGUAAGGCUUUAUAAGUAAAACCAGCAAUUUUAAUUGGGUCCCAAAACUAACUGGCAGCCAGUGCAGUCAAGCUAGGAUUGGUGUGAUAUGCUCAAACCGCUUUGCCCUGGUGAGCAACCUGGCCACUGAAUUCUGCAGCAGCUUAAGUUUCCAAACCAAUUUCAGAGGCAGCCCUAUAUAUAAUGAGUUGCAAUAAUCUAACAUAGACGUUAAAAAGGACCCCUGACUAAGUCCAGUCACAAACGGCUCUGGGGUUGCAGCACUCAUCUUGCUUUACUGGCCAAGGGAGCUGGUGUUUGUCCACAGACAGUUUUUUUGGGUCAUGCGGCCAGCAUGACUAAGUCGUUUCUGGCAAAACCAGAGCAGCGCACGGAAAUGCCGUUUACCUUCCCGCCAGAGUGGUACCUGUUUAUCUAAUUGCACUUGAUGUGCUUUCGAACUGCUAGGUUAGCAGGAGCUGGGACAGAGCAACGGGAGCUCACCCUGUUGUGGGGAUUCGAACGGCUGACCUUCCGAUCGGCAAGCCCAAGGCUCAGUGGUUUACACCACAGCGCCACCCAUGUCCCAAACAUAGAGGUUGUUUUUGUUGUUUAGUCAUUUAGUCGUGUCCAACUCUUCGUGACCCCAUGGACCAGAGCAUGCCAGGCACUCCUGUCUUGCACUGCCUCCUGUAGCUUGGUCAAACUCAUGUUCGUAGCUUCGGUUAGCAGAGUAUAAAUGACAGAAGUUGGGCUGUCACUGUCUAAAUAGGGGUGCAGCUGGGCCACUAUCUGAAGCUGAUGGAAAGCACUUUGGGCCACUGAGGCCGCCUGAGCCUCAAGCAACAGCAAAGUACCCUCAAGCUAUGUAGCUGCUCCUUCAGAUGGAGUGUAAUCCCAUCGAAAGCAGGCAACCUCCCAUCCAUCUAGUCUAUGGAACCCCCCACUAACAGUGCUUCAGUCUUAUAUGGCUUGAGCUUCAGUUUGUUAUAUACUCAGGGAGUUCUUUGUAAUCCACACAGUGUGUGAAAAUUCCAACAAAUCUUGCUUUCUAAGGAAUUGCAGAGUAGACAGGCAUUGCUGUGAAGCCAAAUGAACGCUUGUAAGAAUGGCUUUUAACGCCUUUUGGAUUUGCAGAGAUUACAUGUUGAGGUCAGUGCAAAUCAAGAUGCUCCAGUGCUGGAAAUAUGUCUUCCACAAGAGCCUGUGAUAAUGCUGCCUACAUCUUCUGUUGUAAAAAGCCAAAUAAAAGAGACUUUCUGGAUCAGGAUCCCAAGGGGUGGGUAGAUUCUGCUCUUGUGAAAAACAGUGAGAGGUGGGAGGAGUGUCUUUGAAAAGCCCUUGAAUUUGCAGGAAUACAGAAACUCAUGGUCUGGGUUCAUCAAAGAAACAAAAGAAAAGGUCUCUCUGGUUAUUUUUGUUAGUGGAAACCUUAUAUGACUUUUUUGAAGUGGGAUUAUGGCGCGGAGAUAUUAAAUUCUUUUUGUGCAUGUGGAAUUUUUAAUACUAUGGGGAAAUGCUCUGAGAUGUUGAUGAUCUCUUGUCUUCUCUUUUGAUAAAGUGCCCCAAAGAUUGCCUGAGCCUGUAGCUAAGCAACCUGAGGGUGUAUGCAAGUUAAGAUGUUCCUAUGAUGAAGAUGCGUAUUCAGAAGCAUUGUGCCCGAUUCCUGGCUUUGUUUUCUGCUGUAAAAUUACGACAGGAAAUGUUUCUAUUUAUUUAUCACCUGGCAGAAAAAUUGUAAUAUCUGGACAAAGGCUACCAAAGAUAGCCACAAAGGCUACCAAAGGUAAGACACAAAAAAGAAGAAACAGAAAAUAGUACCCAUGUAGGGGGGAAAAACAAAACAACAACAACAAAAAGAUUUUGUGUAUCUUGCGAAACGGGGGCGGGGGGGCGGGGGGGCGGGACUUGUUAUUGUGGUUAACUAGACCUUAAUCUAAUAUGGUAUUUAUAAAAAUGAACUCCAGAUAUCGUUAGAUUUGUCCAUGGCAAGUCUACGUGUGUACACAACUUCUUUAUGUGUAGCGGGUUUGUGUAUAUCUUCACUCCAACCAUUAAAGGAAGCAGCACUUUUAUUUUUCCAGUUAAUCAAUACCAGUCUUUUUGCUGUAGUGAGGGCGUGGAGAGUCCAUUCAAAUUGUCCUUUUGGGAUACCGAGGGUGGGAAGCUGAAGUUCAUAUGACACAGAAAAAGAGAAUGACGGAGCCUUUGAAUACACAGUUUUUGUCAUGGUCCCUGCUUGGCAUUAUGAAUGUAAUGGCAAAAGCGUGACUUAGGCUACUGUUCUACAAAGUCAAGUAACAUUCCCUCAUACUUGCCAUUCCUAUAGCAGGGAUGAUUUAAAGGGUGUGUUUUUUAUGAUGUAUAAAACAACAUUUUGUAAUAAAAUUUAAACAUGCCUAUGAAUGACAUGGGUGGCGCUGUGGGUUAAACCACAGAGCCUAGGACUUACCGAUCAGAAGGUCGGCGGUUCGAAUCCCUGCAACGGGAUGAGCUCCUGUUGCUCGGUCCCAGCUCCUGCCCACCUAGCAGUUCGAAAGCACAUCAAAGUGCAAGUAGAUAAAUAGGUACCGCUCCGGCGGGAAGGUAAACAGCGUUUCCGUGUGCUGCUCUAGUUUGCCACAAGUGGCUUAGUCAUGCUGGUCACAUGACCUGGAAGCUGUACGCCGGCUCCCUUGGCCUAUAGUGCGAGAUGAGUGUGCAACCCCAGAGUCGUCUGCAACUGGAGCUAACGGUCAGGGGUACCUUUACCUUUAUGAUUUUGCAGUGGGAGCAUUGCUCCCCCCCCCUUAGACAGUUGGUAAAGCCUUUCCCUUUCUGUCUGAGAAGAACAACGAUGACCUUCAAAUAUGCAUAGGUUCUUGAAGUUUCUGUUUUAAGAUAUUGCCUUGCUGAUUGUUAUGAAAUUCAGCUGAUUUCUUCCAGCGUGCAUUCAUAUGUCUUGAUUAGUACUGAUCAUGUCAUCCAUUUAUCAGGUUACCACAGACUGUAUCGUGUUGUGCCUGCACUGGCUAAACUGUAUCCACCCAUCUUUUAAAAUAUGGAGUUUGUCUCCACACUAACCAGACAUACUUAACAUGUGGGCUGGUGAUUCGGAAGAAUGCUUUGAGCUGCUGAAACGUCUUCCGGCAAUCAAACCGCUCGUGAUACUUUGAAAUUCUGAACCUAAUAAAACCAAAUUUGAUGUGGAGAUGAA